AUGGUUGUUCAACUUCCACCCGAACUCAUCGAACGCAUCGUCGAGGCAAUACCGAUCUUGGAAAAGAAAUCUAAACGGUUAUUCGCAAACCUCCACCUCAACUUGGACUCGGAUGGCGUGUUAAGUGCCCUGGCAGUUAGCCAAAGACUCGAUGACUUUCCUCGACAUGCUGAAUAUUGCACUACUUGUCGUGUUCUUCUCUCCAAGAAUCCUGAUACUUGGGCGACAGAGCAGCCCGUGGUGGAUCGUAUCCUACGCCAGCUGACCAGUCUUCGCACUCUUAUUGUGAUGAACUACUUUGCCAACAGCGCAAGGAUAUUCAACGCGACGGUGAUUCGGGGACUGCUUGAUAUCGUGUUACAACCAGACCGCAAACUCGAGCACAUAAUGUUCAGCAACACCGCUAUCACGCUCCCUGUGUUGGCACGCUCCCUUGGGGCAGCACCGCAGCUUACAUUCCACAACGUCGAUGUUGUUUCUGACGAAGAUGGACAUGCGACACCGCCAUUAACCAGGCCGCUUACGCGCCUUGGAAUAUCGGGAAGCCAGAUGGUCUCCACGGCAAUAGUUGACCCCGCAUUUGAGCCGUACUUGAAAGGCGUCUGUCAACUAAUACAAUCGAAUAUCACCACCCAGGGCCAUCUCGCGCCCUUAUUCUCGCUCGCUUCUACCCUCCAGCAACUGCAUUGCUAUUUUUCCAACCACUCUGAAGAAGUGCUGUCGCUCCCGACCUCGCUACCCCAUCUCCGCAAACUGAUCUUUGGCGUCGAAUCGUACAAUCUGCCCGUUGUCCUGAUGCGCCUCAUGGCCAACGGUGGCCUACCAUCGCUCGAGGAUCUCAAGGUGCAUCUCUCCGUAGCCUAUACGACCCCCGAGAGGCUAGAGCAACGAAUCACCGCUCAGAGUGGGCUCUACGCCGAGUUUGACAGCACUCUGGCGGGACAUCCCGCUCUCAAAGUGGUCACCUGGUCCUUGUUUCUGCAACACAGCCUGAGUGAAACCGAGCGAGCAGAAACCGAGCUGUUGCAGACGCUGAGAAACCUGCUCCCCAAAACUUGUGCAAGGGGCUUGCUGUUGGUCGGUGGAAAGUCGUAA